AAAAAGUGAACCCAUUAGGUUAUGAAGCUAUUUAAGCCCAGUUCACAUCACAAUAGAAAUUCGAAAGACCGUUUGUUUUUUUGUGUAGUUUGACUACUGAAGAAAUGGCAUCAUCAUCACUGUCUUCUUCCUUGAAAUUGAAUCACUUAAGCAGAACAGUGUGUUAUUUAAAUCAAAAUCGGUGUUACUCAAAGUUGAAAAAUGCAUCAUCAUCAUCAGCAGCAGCAGCAGCAGAGUUCGAUAAAGUUGUAGACGAUGUACCAACUUCAGGAAUCUGUAGACCUCUUUCGGAAAUACUGAAAGAGCUGAACAAGAAAGUACCCGAUUCUCUCGUUAAAACUCGCAUUGAAAAGGAUGGAUUUCCCAUUAGAUACAUUCCCUGGCAUACUGUGAACCGUGUUUUGAACUUACACGCUCCUGAGUGGUCUGGUGAGGUUCGGAAUAUCACCUAUUCUGCUGAUGCCAAGACUGUUUCUGUUGUUUACCGAGUUACUCUUUAUGGUACCGAUGCUGAGAUAUUUAGAGAGUCAACUGGUACUGCUUCAGUAGAUGAUACAAGUUAUGGAGAUCCGGUACAGAAGGCAGAAGCAAUGGCGUUUCGAAGAGCUUGUGCACGCUUUGGACUAGGGCUUCACCUUUAUCAUGAAGAAUCCUCAUAAUCAAGCGGUUCUGCUUCUCAGGUUAAUUGCCAUUGUUUCUUUAUGGCGUUUAGCCUAUGAUGAUUAUGUUUGAAAUUUAGAUCAUAUGGUUGGUUAUUACUUGAAGGGAAGCAUCUUGUUAUGUUUUCCAUAUAUGUUUUAUCUUUUAGAGAUUUUUAUGUAUGUAGUUCCCAAGACAUUAUGGGAUAGUUUGAUCAAUGUAGUGGCUGACUGCUGUCUAGUAGGAAAGAUUUUGGUUGUUGUAGUUAUCUGAUUGUAUGGUUUGAUUAUAUUCUGUCGAGGGGAUAAUUGAUGCACUGAUGUACUUUUGAUGUAACACAGUAAAAUUUACUUUUGAUCA